UCAAAAGAAAAACUCAAAGUGAAGUUGUGGCGACAAUCCAAGUCAGUCAGUCAGUCAAGUCCCAGUCACAUUCCCAAUUUCAUUCUCCAGACUACAGACAUAAGUGAAACGCGUCUUUAGCUUGGCACACGCGCUCUCGCCGCUCUCUGCCAGCGCUGUACGAUCUUGAUCUCGUUGUGGACACAAUAGGAAGGAAAUUAAGUAGCUUCAUUGUUGUCACUUCGACAGGUACCUCCCGCUCAACGCAUCCUAGACAACAAGUUGUUCUUUUUGUUGUUGUUGUGCAUACACACUCACACACACACGGAGACACACACACAGCAUCAUUGUUUAUCCUAUUGACACACGUACAAAUCAUCAACUAAGGAGUAGAGUAUAUGGUGACGCCAUAGAAGCCCUCUGACCGUUUGGUCCUAAGAUGAAUGACCAAAACGUUGAGGGGGGAAAAAUCUUUGGAUGAGCCAUUCAUCAGCCAUCAUUUAGCCAGUUUCUAAUGUACUUCAAAACAUAGUAGUGAAGGUGGUCCACGUAGUGACGCGACGGUAAAGCUGAAAGUAUUCCACUUUUAUUAUAUUCUUUCGUUUUUGCUCUGAAACUGAGCUCACCACAACGAUCGGGUUCAUUGCCGCUAUCAGACGUGGAUGAAAGACGUUCGCGCAUCAAAAUCGGCUUAGACUUAACGAUGACGGAUCAAUUGUUGAGUGCAACGGCAUCUUCAGUGUCACAUAGUGAGCCACCUGCGCUGGUGCCGGUGCCAGUAUCCACUAGUGGUUCCUAUUUGGAUGAAUCUGAGCCAACGGAGCAGCCUGUGCUGCUGGAAUUGGGACCAGCACAGCCAGCAGCUCCGGUAACCAGCAUCAAUUACACACUUUUGCCAGAUGGAGGUGGCCUAUUGACGUAUGGAUCGCCAACAACCCAUUCCAAUGGCCUCUCCUAUUCGACAGAUGGCAGUGGAUUGAGUUUAAUGACCAAUUCCGGAUACGGUGUUAUACCGCAGCCGGUAACCAUGUGGCCAUUACCCCAACACACUACUUCGCAACCACCCCCCGUUUCCAGCAUUGACAGCAAAUCCAGUGAGCUAGUUCCUCCGCCCAUGUAUAUGACCUACGGCGGAUCUAUGGGCGGCGGAACUAAUAUCACCAACAGCACAGAGGUUGAAAUUACCAAAGAACAUAAUCCCGCCUGGCGGGAGAAAGCUUUGCAAAUGGAGAAGGACUAUAGACGGACUGCCUGCGAUAGAGAGCGCACCAGAAUGAGGGAUAUGAACAGAGCCUUUGAUCUGUUACGCUCCAAGUUGCCCAUCUCGAAGCCGAAUGGGAAAAAGUACUCAAAAAUUGAAAGCCUACGAAUUGCCAUCAACUAUAUAAAUCAUCUGCAGGCCAUGCUACGUGAGAGUCAUUUGCCCGAUUCCGAAAUGGUAUCCUUUAGACAUACCUCACGAGGCAUGAGUGGUGGCAGUUCGUCUCUCCACUAUGAUAGUCAGUCGCAUGGCAAUGCGAACUCCUCGUCCUCCGCCUUUGAUUACGAGAACGGAACGUCAACAUCUCAAAAUGGUAACGGUUGCUGUGGCUGGAGUGGCGGCAGUAGCUCCUCCCCCACUUAUGAUAAUGGCAAGGACCAUUGGGGAUCGUAACUCUAAUUGGUUUCAAAUGUUAUAAGUUUUGCCAAAGAAUUUUUAAAUUCCGAUUUUUGUUAAUAGUUUUUAUGACAAGUAAUCGGACUAUGUAUAUAUUUAUAUAUAUAUUGUGAAAGUCGCAUAGAAAUUUAAAUCGUAUGCCAUUUAAUAAAGAUUAAUUGAUUUUUAAA